UUAGUUGGGUAGGCUAUUCAACCUCAUUUCAAUUACUCUUAAUACUGUUUCCAUGAAGAACUUAGUGCCCAUAUGGUGCAUGAAUUAAAAAAAAGAUUCGAUUGUUACCAUUGGAUUAGAAGAAGCAGAGAGAGAGAGAAGAACAGAGUAGUCUGCAGGAGAGAGGACUGCAACUUCGAAUUGUUCUUCUUCUGUGCAUGAUUGCUUUUGAAAAUGGCCUCUUUCCCCCUCUCUCUCUGUACCCUUUAAUUUAUGGUGCGUGGUACGUCCCCGAGGCUGGGCGCCAUCAGAACAGAACCGAAUUGUAAAACAGAGAGAGACGAAGAGGAACAGAGUCUUCCCUUUUUUUACUUUUCUUAAUCCUUUUGGUGAUAAAGAAUACACCAAAAGUCACAUUGCAUGCGUGUUUAAAGCUUAUUCUUCAUCAUCACCUCGCUUUCUCCACGCCCUUCCUCUCUUCCAUUGCAUCCUUUUUUCACGUUCUUAACUAUUUGCCUCUCUUUUCUCGUUUCUUUUUGUUUCUUAGCUGAGUUAUAGAGCUAUUCUGCAGUGACCCUUUUCUGGUUUGGAGUUUUGGAGCUCUGAAAUUGUACUGCUUGUAGAUUGCAUUGGUUUUUAGGAAUGACGUCUUGAAUCCGUGAAGAAGAUGGUAAAAAAUGAGUUCAGAGUAAGCGUGAUUAUGAAGAGACAUCAUGUUCAUCAUUUAGUGAAGCUUUAGCAAGUUCUUUAGCCAUUGCCAGUCGAUUUCUCAGCCCACCAGCAAUGACAGAGAGCUCGGAGCAGCAACUUGUAAUCAAACCCCACUUUCAGAACUCUGUUCAAAAAGCUCAAAAACCAAUCCAAAAUGGUAAAGGCCAGCCGAAUCUCGAACACCAAAACACCAAAAACAGAGCCCGAAGAAGAAGCAGAGGCGGUCGGAAAUCCGAUCAGGGAGAAGUCGUUAUGAUGCCAAAUUCUCGGCCCUGCACGGUGGCACGUAAACCUAACGCACCGGAGAUUACCGCCGGAGCUUUAGUGGCGAGUACUAAUCCAAAUCCAAAUGGUGCAAGCAAUUCAAGCAAGUCUGUGAGUUUUGCCCCACGACCUGGAUUUGGGCAAGUUGGGACAAAGUGUAUGGUAAAAGCAAACCAUUUCUUUGCAGAGUUACCCGACAAAGAUUUGAAUCAAUAUGAUGUUACAAUCACUCCAGAAGUGGCCUCAAGAACUGUGAACAGAGGCAUUAUGGCUGAAUUGGUGAGAUUAUACAGAGAAUCUGAUCUGGGAAAGAGAUUACCAGCUUAUGAUGGCAGAAAGAGUCUGUAUACAGCUGGUGAGCUUCCUUUUGUAUGGAGAGAGUUUAACAUCAAGCUUGUGGAUGAAGAAGAUGGAGUCAGUGGUCCCAAGAGGGAGAGGGAUUAUAAAGUGGUCAUUAAGUUUGUUGCAAGGGCAAAUUUGCAGUAUUUGGGUCAGUUUCUUGCCGGCAAGCGUGCCAAUGCACCACAAGAAGCCAUUCAAAUACUGGACAUUGUCUUGAGAGAGCUAUCAUCCAAAAGGUACUGUCCUAUAGGGAGAUCCUUCUUUUCUCCUGAUAUCAGGUCACCUCAACGGCUCGGUGAUGGCCUAGAAUCAUGGCGCGGUUUUUACCAGAGUAUAAGGCCUACUCAAAUGGGACUGUCUCUGAACAUUGAUAUGGCUUCAGCUGCGUUCAUCGAGCCUCUCCCUAUCCUCGAGUUUGUUGCUCAGCUUCUCGGGAAAGAUGUUUUGUCACGGCCACUGUCUGAUUCCGAUCGCGUAAAGAUCAAAAAGGCUCUUAGAGGGGUGAAAGUCGACGUAACGCACCGGGGUAAUGUAAGGCGUAAGUAUCGUAUUUCGGGGCUAACGUCACAGCCUACAAGAGAACUAGUGUUUCCUGUUGACGACAACUCGACCAUGAAGUCGGUUGUCGAGUACUUCCAGGAGAUGUAUGGCUUCACCAUCCAACAUGCUCAUCUGCCUUGCCUCCAAGUAGGAAAUCAGAAGAAGGCCAAUUAUUUACCAAUGGAGGCCUGCAAAAUUGUUGGGGGACAAAGGUAUACAAAGAGAUUGAAUGAGAAACAAAUAACUGCACUUCUGAAAGUCACAUGUCAAAGACCAAGGGAUCGAGAAAACGACAUUCUAAAGACUGUUCAACAUAAUGCCUAUAACAACGAUCCUUAUGCAAAGGAGUUUGGGAUAAAUGUUAGUGAAAAGAUGACUUCUGUUGAAGCUAGAAUUCUUCCUCCUCCAUGGCUGAAAUACCAUGAUACUGGAAAAGAGAAGGAUUGCUUGCCUCAAGUGGGUCAAUGGAAUAUGAUGAAUAAGAAAAUGAUUAAUGGAAUGACGGUUAGUCGGUGGGCAUGUAUCAACUUCUCUAGGAGCGUGCAGGAGAGCGUUGCUCGUGGAUUUUGUUCUGAACUUGCUCAAAUGUGUCAAGUUUCUGGAAUGGAAUUCAAUACAGAACCAGUUAUUCCAAUAUACAAUGCUAGGCCAGAACAAGUAGAGAAAGCUUUGAAGCAUGUUUAUCAUGCUUCCAUGAACAAGACUAAAGGAAAAGAGUUAGAGCUAUUAUUAGCCAUCUUACCCGACAGUAACGGAUCGCUUUACGGUGAUCUUAAGCGAAUCUGUGAGACGGAUCUUGGUUUAAUAUCACAAUGCUGUCUUACAAAACAUGUGUUCAAGAUUAGUAAGCAAUAUCUUGCUAAUGUUUCACUGAAGAUCAAUGUCAAGAUGGGUGGUAGAAACACUGUUCUUCUAGAUGCUAUCAGCUGCAGGAUACCGCUCGUAAGCGACAUACCGACUAUAAUAUUUGGAGCAGACGUGACUCAUCCAGAGAACGGCGAAGAUUCAAGCCCUUCGAUAGCUGCUGUUGUAGCAUCUCAGGAUUGGCCUGAAGUGACAAAGUAUGCUGGACUAGUAUGUGCUCAGGCUCAUAGACAAGAACUUAUACAAGACUUGUAUAAAACUUGGCAGGAUCCUGUCCGUGGCACCGUCAGCGGGGGCAUGAUCAGGGAUCUUCUGGUUUCGUUUAGGAAAGCAACAGGGCAGAAGCCUCUAAGAAUAAUAUUUUACAGGGAUGGCGUUAGUGAAGGACAAUUCUAUCAAGUAUUGCUUUACGAGUUAGAUGCAAUCAGGAAGGCAUGUGCUUCUUUAGAACUGAAUUACCAGCCACCCGUGACGUUCAUCAUCGUACAAAAACGACAUCACACCCAACUGUUUGCCAACAACCAUAGAGACAGAAGUAGCACAGACAGGAGUGGAAACAUUUUACCUGGCACCGUAGUCGACUCCAAAAUAUGCCACCCGACAGAAUUUGAUUUCUAUCUUUGUAGCCAUGCUGGAAUUCAGGGGACAAGCCGGCCAGCUCAUUACCAUGUUCUUUGGGAUGAAAACAAUUUUACAGCAGAUGGGAUUCAGUCCUUAACCAAUAAUCUUUGCUACACGUAUGCAAGGUGUACGCGUUCGGUUUCUGUCGUCCCUCCAGCAUACUAUGCACAUUUAGCAGCAUUCCGAGCUCGAUUCUACAUGGAACCAGAGAUGCAAGAGAAUGGCACGAGUGGUCGUUCUGCUAAGAGUGCGACCGGGGUUCGCCCCUUGCCAGCUCUAAAGGAAAAUGUGAAGAGAGUAAUGUUUUACUGUUAGAAAUCGGAACCACCAAGGAAAGGGGAGGCUCGUAGUCGGAGCGAUGACGGGAAAGGUUCGGCUUCCUCUGCAUUAGUUCCCUUGUAAAUGAAUGAUCACAACCAGCCAUAGAUCACAGGUUCUCUUCUCACCCACAUUUGUAAAGAACUGUUCUUCCAUAAUGAAUCAGUACAGAUGCCUUAUUAA